UCACUAACUAUGUGCACGAUCGGUCAUAUUUAACGCGGGGAAUACUGAGCUGAUUAUAUUAAGGUUAUCUUCGCAAUCUAGUGAAGGAUCAAUACAGUCACGCGCUGAACAAAGAACAUUUGGAAAUGCUGUUUGAGUGUUCUGAGUUGUUCGUUAGUGUUGUGUGCGUGGUGGCUGGUGCGCCAUGCUGUGUGUAAAGUGUGUGCGCGUGGAGUGUCGGUGGCGCUCGUGUCUGCUGGAGCACGCCUCGCCGUGCAACUUCUACGUGAGCUGCUGGCAAAGCAACCGGUCGGCCGCGCCGCUGCUGCUCCUCCGAGGCUUCCUCUUCCUGUUCUCGACGUGCGUGCUGCUCACGUCUAUCGCUGUGCCCUUGACAUUGAACAUACGUUUCGGCUACUGGUUCAUAUACCUAACGCAUUGGGGUUUCCUACUAAUCGUUCUCACCACCGGAUUCUCUACUGCUGUAUCAGCAUACGCUUACUUUAAGAAGCCCAUUGAUGCAACAUUCGGUCUGCCAUGGUACGUGAAGACCUACUGGAUCCUGUACAACAUCACCAUCCCCGUCGCCUUCCUCAUCACGGUGUUCUACUGGGGAAUCCUGAAGACUUCGGCUGAAACAGUGAACUUCGCUCCGAACCCGGUGCUGGACAUCAUGCUGCACGGCGUCAACUCGGCGGUGAUGCUGGUGGAGCUGAUCUUCUCAGCCCACCCCAGCCGGCUGAUGCAUGUCAUGCAGCCGCUGUACUUCGCCGGGGCCUAUAUGCUCUUCAGCGUCAUCUAUUACUUCGCUGGCGGAUUGGACCCAUGGGGUAACCCGUUCAUCUACCCCGUGGUGGACUGGUCGAAGCCUGAGCAGACGAUGGUGGUGAUCACGUUGACAGCUCUAUUCCUCGCCCUGAUGCAUCUACUCACAGUUGGCAUCGCUGCAGCACGAGACGCGAUCGCCAAGAGACGGCUGGCUGUACCUGCGGGCGUCUACAACGAUGCAUACGCACCCCACGCGCACUCGAUAAACCUACUCUCGAUAAAAAUAAUAUUUAAGAAAAGAAGUGUGUCAAAAAUGGGUGGAACAGUGAAAAAGUAUUUGAAAAAGGAAUUCCAAUUUCAAAAGUUUUCGUUGGACUUUGAGGAUUUAUCAGACUUUUAUUUGAGUUGUUGGCAAAGGGGUCAGUCCAUUUGGCCCUUGUUGGUGAUCAGAACAAUAAUAUUCAUAGGUUUUGCUGGAAGUACGGUAGCCGCCUUCGUGAUCUUGGUUCAGGAUGGAGUAAGCGCUGGUUACGGGUUUAUUUUCAUGACCCGUUGGGGCUUGUACGUAAACACCAUCACUUCAUUGUUAGCAUGUUGUAUCUCUCUUACGGAACUCUUUAGAGGGCCAGAUACAACCCCGACAGUGCUGGUGAAGAUGUACUGGUGCUGCUAUAACAUCUCAAUUUCUAUGGCGUUCUUCAUCACGAUAUUCUACUACUCCUUCCUCACAGAAGUUGCUGCAGAUGGCGGCUUUGAACUGAAUCCAGUUGUGGACCUGUUUCUCCACGGCAUCAACUCGGUGCUGAUGUUCUGCAUGCUGAUCACGUCACGCCAUCCCCAUAAGCUGAUGCACUUCUACAUUCCUAUCUUGUUCGCUCUAACUUACGUCAUCUUCAGUGUCAUAUACUAUUUCGCUGGUGGGAUGAGCCCUCUUGGCACGCAUUGGAUAUAUCCGCAGCUGGAUUGGGAGAAGCCCGGUGAGGCCAUGAUCCUGGUCGUGGUGGUGGCCUUCUUUCUCAUUGUACUGCAUAUGGUCGUCGCUGGCAUGACCCUCUGCAGGGAUGCCAUCACUAAGCGGUGCAGAGAUAACACAGUACUAUUGAUAUCCAGCAGAUAAAGGAAUUCCCUAAAAUUAUUUAAGAUCUUAAUAAAAAUGAAGAACGCUAUUGUUUGCCAAGCCUUAUGGAGGAAAAUAUGGUGUCCGGAGUGUACACUUAACGAAGGAAUAUUUUGUUUUAUUUGUUAAAAAUUACCUAAAUAAAUGACAAUGAUGAACACAAAAUACUCGCUA